ACUGACAGAAUUAAAAGAAAAAAUAGAGAAACCCACAGUUCCGUGUAGAAAUCUCAACACUCUUUUACCAGUAAUCAGUAGAACAAGAAGACUGAAAACCAGUAAGGAUUCAAAAGACCUGAAUAAUACUAUUAACAUCUUGACCUCAUUGACAUUUGUAGAGCACUCUAUCAACAACAGAAUGCACACCGUUUUCAUGUGCUUCAGGUUUGGUUGUUUCUGUUGACCUGUCUUGGAGCUCGCCGAUGCUUCUGCUGCUUAUUUCUGAUCUGCCUUUCCCACUUGGCUACAGAUUUCUGUGCAGUGGGAACUAUGUCAAAUUCUCCAUUUGCUUAUUACCAAACAUAGGGAUUGGCAGAGAGGAAUUAUUUGGUACCUAUCUGUGGUUGGUGCAGCUUUCCAGCAGGCAGCAGGAAAUAGGGACCUUCAACUCAGUAAUAGUAUAUUCAAAUUUUCUGAAAAUAGAUGUGGGAGAAUAAAAGAUGUGAAUAUUCCCUGUCCCUUAUCUCUGACCAGUUUUGGGGGGAUGCUGAAGCCAAUAGAUUUUUCAGAAUGUUGAAAGGGUGAUGUACACCUAUUGUUAAUUACUGACCUAAAAUAAACAUACUUCGAAACAAACCAGAGCUAAUGAGCAGCUUCUAGAUUUAUUUCAUAGUGAUAAUAAUGAGGAUGGUAGUAACAAUGGCUAACAUUGAUCAGAUUUUAUUAUCACUCACACUGACUUUCUAAUAUUGUGAUGCAUUGAACUCAUAUAACAACCCAACUUUUAUCUCCAUUUUACAGAUGAAGAACAGAGGCAUUGAGAGGUUAAUUAAUAUGUGUCAGUUUAUGCUGCCAGUGUGGUAGAGUCAGGAUUGAAGCUUGGCAGCUUGAUUCUUGUAGCUUGAUUCUUGGCCAAAGCAUUCUGCUUUCAUUAGGCUGGCCAAAUGAGUUUUAGGAGCUAAUAAGGCUUCAGCAAAACCUUCUUAAAGGUAUCAUAGUGCGGGGCACCUACAAGCUCAGUGUUAAAAGCUAAGAGGAUCUGUGAUGGGAGUGGACAAAUUGCCUGUGGCUUGUUUUUGUAUGUCUCCUCUUCAGGUAAGAAUGAUUUUUACAUUUGAAGGGUUGUGAAAAGAAAGAACAAUAUUGGACAGAGACAGCACGUGACCCACAAAGCCUGAAAUAUUCACUAUCUGUCCUUUUUAUGAAAGCUUUCUAACCCCUGCUCUAAGUGAAAAGAGAAAGGAGUGCAGGAGGGAUGGCACAUGCAAGGGCCUGGAGACUUUUUUAUGAGAUCAAGUAAUUUACACGGCUGGAGAUCAAAGGGGAGAGAAGAUUUGCAGAGAAAAUGAGCAGACAGACAUGAAAGAUUCCUGUGUGGCUUGCUAAGAAUCUAGACUUUAUCCCAAAGGCAGCUGUGCACACGUUUUAACCAAGAAAGGAACAUAAUCAGGCUUUAAUUCUAUCAAACAUGAAGAAGCAACAAUAGUCUAUAGGACGACCACUGUGUGAUUUCAUAUUUAACAAGGAUUCCCUUUUCUUUUUAAUUCUCAAAGUCCCUUGGCUGAUUAGUGACCCCCUGCUUGAUAAAGGUGAUCAGAGAGGUCUAAACUGGAAGGCUGUCUUCACACGGAGUGCGUAACUGCAGACAUCCACAGCGCAUGUUACUGCUCCUUCCUCUUAGUGACGGCUCCAAGAGCAUCUUUUAAAAGAGAGAAAUGGGGAUCUGGGAAUCAAGAGGCCUGGCUCCCAGGACCUUCUCUGUUCCUGGCUUGAGUGUUCUCUGACAAUUUUCUUGAGAGGCCAAAUGGCCUAGUGGUUAAUUGCAUGGGCUUAUCCUGCAAACUGCCUCUAUGUAUGUCCUGGUCUGUGGUUUGCAAUCCUCUCUGCACACUGUAGUCAUCUGGGGGAUUUCAUAAAAACUCUUCUUCCACAGAUCCUCAUUCAUAGAUCCUGGACUUGGGUCUGGGCAUUGGUAUUCUUUUUUAAAGCUCCCCAUUGAUACCGGUGAGCUGGCAGCUUAAGAGCCACUGUCCUAGUAAUUGAGAACACAGACACUGGGCUAAUAGUCCUGGCUGUUCUGUUAGAUAAAAUGACAAAGCAGCUUAAAAUAUUGAUGCCUCAAUAUUCUCAACAGUAAAAGGAGUUACAAAUUGUCCCAACUUCUUGGGUGGUUGUGGGAUUAAGUGAGGGAGUUCCUUUAAAGCAUAUGAGUUGGUCUUCUCACCACAUUUUCUGCCUCCUCUCUUGCCCUAGAUACCCUCUAACUCUCAUUCUGUUUCAAUAGUCUGAUGACUCCUUUCUCUUUGAGUGGCAAAUAUAGGUCAGUCAUCUUCCAACACUAAGAUCAGCCCUCAUUUCCUCCAUCCUCAUCCAUCCUCCGUCAUCAUGUAUGGGUUUGAGGGCCCUUCCAUGCUCUCUCAAAGGACUCCGUGCACCCUCUAUCCUGGCAUCUCUCUGGGCACUGUAUCCCUUUUAGAAAGCAAUCCAUAAAUAUUGGAUAAGUGAAAGAAAACUCAGCUGUUUUACUGCUGAUUACGCAGCCAAGUUCAUACUUGUCCUUGGUAGUUGUGCUUACAUCCUGUGGAUUCUACAGCGGAGGCCAGGUGGAGGAGGAGGGAGCUGGAGUGCUCCCUCCACUACUGAAGUAGUGCACCUCUCUUUGAGGUGGUGCUAGAGGGCUCUGCCUUACCCACAGUUAAUGUUCAGUUUAUGUUUUUCAGUUCUUUCUCUUCCACAGAUAGCCUUAAAGUUGCCUGAGAACAGUAAGUAAAGUAACAAACCUUGAGGAAGAACCAUGAAAUUAAACUCCUGGUGUCCAGUCCUCCCCAGGGUCAAGCACUGAGCUGCUUUUCACAGAGGAGCACACGCAGCCCCACAAACAACCCUGCAGGCUAGGUGUUCUCAUCACCAAUGAGAUUUCGUCAUGUCUAGACAGAGGAUCACAGUUUUGUUUACCAUGAGAAAUGUAGUAGUCUCACAGGUUUCAUUAGUCUUUUGCUGUACCCUGUGGGAAGAGGGAUGUACCACUGAACUUCCCCUGAGCUCAGGAAGAAUAUUUACCAGCCACUGUAUUUUUCAUAAGGGUGGUCUCAAUGUAUAUAGUAUAUACUGUGGCAACAAACAAAAGUAAGAAGCCAGAGCUACAGACAUUCCGAAGUUAAGGGUGACUUUCCAGGGACAGAGCAGUAAUCUCUGCUGUCCAAAUGUCUUACAAAAUACAUUUGCCAGGGCAAUUUUGUGAUACAGAAUGCUAUCUGCAUCUCUAUAGUUGCAAGGAAAUAGAGACCCCUGGUGCGGUUAUGAUAGGUUUCUUCUAUGCACACAGAUAAUUCUAAUAACAUCAUAUAUUGUUGGCACUGUAUGGUCUGGAUUUUGCAAGAUGACAGAACUGAAACAUUAGAAAGGUUCAUGAAUGUAACCAUGGUUACUCAGCAAGUAUAUAGCAGCACCAGGUUUGAACAUAGACAUUUUGUCCCCAGAGUACACUUUUAACCAGUACGUGACAUGCCACUACCUCUCGUUUCCCACCUCUCCCAGGAUCAGAAUGAGCAUGCUGGGAGCUGUAAGGCAUGUGAGGUUACUGGGUACAGCUGUGCAGAUUGCUGCAUGCAUGAGGGCACCCUGCCAGGAGAGCCAAGUGGUAGCUGGAAUCCAACCCAUGCUACCUGCUCCUUAAGGCAGGUGUGUGGCCACAUCUGCUGGGGGAAGGGACACCUUUUUCUAAUUUGCACAAAGAUACAUUUCCCUUUUAAUCAUGGCUUCUUUCGUAUUACCCUAUUCUGCCUUCUCAGGUCUCUGCCUUUCUCUAGAAAAAGAAAGAGAAAAAUGACCAAAUUCCAGGAGAUGGUGACAUUCAAGGAUGUUGCUGUGGUCUUUACCGAAGAGGAGCUGGAGCUGCUAGACUCUGUCCAGAGGAAGCUGUACCGAGAUGUGAUGCUGGAGAACUUCAGGAACCUGCUCUUAGUAGCACGUCAGCCCUUCAAGCCAGACCUAAUAUCCCAGCUGGAGAGAGAAGAAAAGCUUUUGAUGGUGGAGACAGAAGCCCCAAGAGAUGGAUGUUCAGGAAGGAAGAAUCAACAAAAGAUGGAGAGUAUUCAGGAAGUAACAGUAAGCUACCUUUCCCCCAAAGAGCUUUCCUCCUGUCAGACCUGGCAACAAAGUGCAGGUGGGUUAAUCGGGUGUCAAAAUUUCCUGAAAGUUUUUCAAGGGAAGAAUUCUCAGUUGCAAGAACAAGGUAAUUCCCUCUGCCAGGUUUGGGCAGGAAUACCAGUUCAGAUUUCUGAAGACGAGAACUAUAUAUUGACUCAUAUAGGGAAUGGCUCCAAUUAUAUAAAAAGUCAAGAGUAUCCAUCUUGGAGGGCACAUCAUUCUUGGAGGAAAAUGUAUCUGAAAGAGUCACAUAAUUAUCAGUGUAGAUGUCAGCAAAUUUCCAUGAAAAAUAAUUUCUGUAAGUGUGACAGUGUCAGUUGGCUCUCACAUCACAAUGAUAAACUGGAAGUACACAGAAAAGAAAACUACAGCUGUCAUGACUGUGGAGAAGAUAUCAUGAAGGUAUCAUUACUUAAUCAGGAUUCAAUUCAAACAGAGGAGAAGCCCUAUCCAUGUACUGGGUAUAGAAAAGCCUUCAGUAAUGACUCCAGCUCUGAAGUUCAUCAGCAGUUCCGCUUGGAAGGGAAGCCCUAUACAUACAGUUCAUGUGGAAAGGGCUGUAGUUAUAGUUCACUUCUUCAUAUUCAUCAAAAUAUUGAGAGAGAAGAUGAUACUGAGAAUUCACAUCUGAAAUCCUAUCAGAGAGUGCAUACAGAGGAGAAACCAUGCAAAUGUGGUGAAUAUGGUGAGAACUUCAAUCACUGUUCCCCUCUUAACACUUAUGAACUUAUCCACACAGGUGAGAUGUCCUAUAGGCGCAACAUUUAUGAGAAAGCCUUCAGUCAUAGCUUAGACCUUAAUAGUAUUUUUAGGGUCCAUACUAGGGAUGAACCCCAUGAAUAUGAGGAAAAUGAGAAUGUCUUUAAUCAGAGUUCAUGUCUUCAAGUCCAUCAAAAAAUCCACACUGAAGAGAAACUAUACACAGAUAUAGAGUAUGGAAAGAGUUUCAUUUGUAGUCCAAAUCUUGACAUUCAGCAUAGGGUUCAUAUGGAGGAGAAUUCCUAUAAUUCUGAGGAGUGUGGUAAUGGCUUCAGUCUGGCCUCACAUUUUCAGGACCUUCAGAUAGUCCACACUAAGGAACAACCAUAUAAACGCUAUGUGUGUAGUAACAGCUUCAGCCAUAAUUUAUAUCUUCAAGGUCAUCCAAAAAUUCACAUUGGAGAGAAACCACAUAAGGAGUGUGGGAAUGGCUUCAACUGGAGCUCAAAACUUAAAGAUCAUCAGAGAGUCCACACUGGACAGAAACCAUACAAAUGCAAUAUAUGCGACAAAGGUUUCAAUCAUAGAUCAGUUCUGAAUGUUCAUCAGAGAGUCCACACAGGAGAGAAACCUUAUAAAUGUGAGGAAUGUGAUAAGGGAUUCAGUCGGAGUUCGUAUCUUCAAGCCCAUCAGAGAGUCCACACUGGAGAAAAACCUUAUAAAUGUGAGGAAUGUGGGAAGGGGUUCAGUCGAAAUUCAUACCUUCAAGGCCAUCAGAGAGUUCACACUGGAGAAAAACCAUACAAGUGUGAGGAGUGUGGGAAGGGCUUCAGUCGGAGUUCACACCUUCAAGGCCAUCAGAGAGUCCACACUGGAGAAAAACCAUUCAAAUGUGAGGAGUGUGGGAAGGGGUUCAGUUGGAGCUUUAAUCUUCAAAUUCAUCAGAGGGUUCACACAGGAGAAAAACCCUAUAAAUGUGAAGAAUGUGGUAAAGGCUUCAGUAAGGCCUCAACACUUUUGGCCCAUCAGAGGGUCCACACGGGAGAGAAGCCAUACCAAUGUGAUGAGUGUGGUAAGAGUUUCAGUCAGAGAUCAUACCUUCAAAGUCAUCAGAGUGUCCAUUCUGGAGAAAGACCAUAUAUAUGUGAGGUAUGUGGAAAGGGCUUCAGUCAGAGAGCGUAUCUUCAAGGUCAUCAGAGAGUCCACACUAGAGUGAAACCGUAUAAGUGUGAGAUGUGUGGGAAGGGCUUUAGUCAGAGUUCGCGCCUUGAAGCACAUCGGAGGGUUCACACAGGAGGGAAACCAUACAAAUGUGAGGUGUGUACAAAGGGUUUCAGUGAGAGUUCACGCCUUCAAGCACACCAAAGGGUUCAUGCGGAAGGGAGACCCUAUAAAUGUGAACAGUGUGGUAAGGGUUUCAGUGGGUAUUCAAGUCUUCAAGCCCAUCACAGAGUCCACACUGGGGAGAAACCAUACAAAUGUGAGGUAUGUGGAAAGGGCUUCAGUCAGAGAUCAAAUCUUCAGGCUCACCAGAGAGUCCACACAGGAGAGAAACCAUACAAAUGUGAUGCAUGUGGUAAGGGUUUCCGUUGGAGCUCAGGUCUUCUCAUUCAUCAAAGAGUCCAUAGUAGUGAUAAAUUCUAUAAAAGCGAAGACUAUGGUAAGGACUACCCUUCAUCAGAGAAUCUACACAGAAAUGAAGAUUCUGUUUUGUUUUGAAGUCCUCAAAUGGGAGCUGAUAUUUUCCAGUCACUAGAGUUCUUUCAGUAGAAUAAGAAUUUUUAAAAAUUAAAAUGUAAUGUUUCUGCCCAACUUCAACAUUCAUAAUGGCCAGGAGACCACACAACAGAGACAUUUAAUGAGAGGGGUUUCACGAGGGAUUUUGUUAGAACUUUAACAUCAGUCAUUGCACAGGAGCUAAGGCUUAUAAAAUAUGAGUAUGGUCAGGAAUUUAAUAAAAGUACAGUGAUGAGCAUGCCUAAAUCCAUGUUCUCUAGAAUGUAAGCUUGGUGAGAGAAGGGACUUUGUUCAUUGCUAGUCUACAAAACUAGGACAUUUCAUAACUCAAUGUAGGUGCUCAGUACUUUUUGCUAAAUAACUAAAAGUAUGUGAAGGUAAAAGGUUUGAAAUUUUUAAGUGCAUUUUUUAAAACUUAAAAUGUAUUUGGAGGAGAAAUUCUGCAAGUAAUCUUAAUAAAAUCAUUUCAAGUAAAUAUUUGAAAUAUAGGACAGUAAGCAUUAUGAUGAUCUGAAAUAACAUUAAUUUGGUUGUAACCCUAUUGGGGUUAGUUCCCAUCCUUUGUUCCAUCUUGAGCAGAGAUGUGCUGCAUUUCUUAACGUUUGGUCUCUAUACAUUAUACCAUCUGUUGAAGUUUAGCUUUGUGUGUGUGUAUAUGUACACAUGUGUGCACUUUAAAUAUCAGUACAAACUGAUAAACAAUGUUUCUGGUUAAUGUUGCAAAAAUGGAACACUGUAUUUUACAUAAUUGAUUUUCUACUCCUGCCCUGUGAGUUAAGGCAGUUUUACUGUAAUAUUUGCAAGUAUCCAAAAUGGUUACUGAUGACAAAUACUUUUUAAUAAAUGUCAAAAUCACAAUACUUGGGUUUUUUUUAUUCUCCAUAUUUCUCUAAAAGUCCAUUUGAUCUGACUGAUUUCUAAAUGUUGUAGCCUUUGUCCAAUCCACACCUCCUUAAGCAGGGUCAAGUUUGAAGGAUUUUAAUUUUGUCAAGUUUUCCAUUCCCAUACUUCUCCCAGUCACACACAAAAAAAAGGGGAAAAUCUUGAAUUUUUCUAAGCAUAUUUAUCAAUGUAUUGACUAGUAGGAUAGGGUUGCCAUUUAUUUGCUAGUGUCUGUCUUCAAGAAUGAUGCAUUUUGUUGGUAAAAGUGAAAAAUACAAGCUUGUCGUUCUAUAUAUAUCAAAAUACUUAUCAAGCCCCCCAUAUGUAUCGGAAUGUAAAAUGUGCUUACCGAUCUGGAAAUCAUAGAACAGUAAUUUAUAAUUAAGCACUUUUAGCAGUAAGGAAGGAUUUUACAAUGAUAGUAAUGUUUUGAGCUGGAAGUAAAUGUCCAUCAGUAUGAAUCGGGUAAGUUUCUAUAUGUUCUAUACUAUGGAUCUACAGAAAGUAUGAUUUAGCUCUAAAAUGACAAGAAUGGAUCAUGCAUGUUGUUUAGUAACAACCUAAACCAUAGGUUUUUACAAGACGUACAUUCAUAAUUGCCAGCUAAUUUAAGCCUGUGUACAUGUAUGUUCAAAUAUAUGCUUAUAGAUAGUGUGUGAAAGAUUACUCAUUAUUAUAUCUAUAGUAGUUUUCUCUGGAAAGCAAACUUUUUGGCUUAGUUUUUUUGUGCUUUAUUUAAAAAUAUUUAUAAUGGACAUUUACCAAGUAUACCAAAGCAGUGAACAGCUAUUGAUAUAUUAUCUCUUAUACUUAAGAACUCAUGAUAUGAUUGCUUGAUUUCACUGUAUGACAUUAUGACCAACAGUAAAGAAUAAACCCCCUGAAGUUAAUUUUUAAAAUUUCCUGGAUUUUUGAGAAUACAGAUAAAUUAGGUGUCCAGUAACUUUAUAUUUCUGUGAAAUUUCCUUAGGUCUCAAAAUCCAUGUUGCCUAGGAUGCCCUAGUGCAAUCCAGUUUUAUAAAUUGAUGCUCACUGCUUUUCCUUCAGAUUGCCCCUUGCUGGAUGAAUAUGGUGACCAAAGCACUGGCAUAACUUGGCUUUCAAGGUGCUGGUUCAAGUUGCACAGUAUCAUCAGAAAUCCAGGGCUUCUAAAGCAUAUCUUUGAUAUCAUCACUUAUAGGGGAGAGCUCAUGGUGGUUUUAUCAAUUGGAAUGCUUUUAGUUCUAAGUAACAGAAAAUUUAGAGUUGCCUAAACCAAAACUGUUUCUUAGUUCAUAUAAAUAAAAAGACACAGAUACGGUAAGACUAGGGUCUGGGUAAGGUAGGGGGAUUUUAUAUUACUUUCCUUUAAUUCUCUCACCUCUCUUUUCUUGUGAAUUCUUGUCUUCACGUUGUUCACAAUACAGCAGCAUCACCUGCUUUCUUAUUCACAGCUGAAGGAGGAGAUACUCUGUACCAUUUUAGUCCUGUGUGGUUCUGGCUCCCAAAAUGCAUAGAAUCUCUGACACUCCGAUUCCCACUAACAACUGAGACUAACCAAGACAACAAAGGACACCACUGGUCCAGUAGCCUAUUCCUAGUGAGAAGCAACAGCAGGCUACUGUGAGAAAAGGGAAGAACAUGGAGAAUCCUUCUGUGGCCCCAGUGCAAAGGGAUGGCCAAAAGCUGAGGACGGGGCAACAGGAACAUUGAGAAAACUUUAGCACUCCAGUUCCCACGCUAAGCACAAGGUAGCACUAGAGAAAUCUGUAGCCAGUGGUACAACUAAGAUAAAUAUUGCAACAACAAAACCCAAUUCCAGCUUAAUUCCUGACCAGAUUAAUUCAGCACUCCACCCUGACAUCCUAGCAGAACAUGUGUGCCCAGUUUUAGGCAAAAAAUAAUGUUUUCUUCAGUCUCUACUGUUUUGUAUAUGUUAUCUGGCAUUUUAUUUUAAAAAUACAAGAUCAAAAGUUGAGAACAAUCUUCUGCCAAUAGAUAGCAGACCAAUCAAUAAAACCACAUUUAUAAAUAACCAUAUUUUGGAACUGUUAGGGAAUUUUACAUAACUGAUUGUUGUGCUAAAGACUCCAGUGAAAAGGGCAGAUAAUAUGCAUCAGCAGAUAGGGAUUUCAGUAAAAUUUAAUAGUCAAAUGGGAAAUGCUAGGAAAAGAAAAUUUAUGCUACUGCUUUUACUUUUAUCAGAACACUUUUGAAGGACUUAUGAGUAGACUCAACACAGUUGAGAAAAGUGUCAGAACUUGAAUAUAGGUCAAUAGAAAUCAUGCGAACUAAAACACAAGAAGAAAAAGUGUGAAGAAAACAAUACAAAUAGGACGACAUUGUAGGAUCUAAUAUUUGCAUACUUGGAAACCCAGGGUCGGGGGAGAGAAUGGGAAGAAAAGAUAUUUAAAGAGAUAAUGGCUGAGAAUUUUCCAAAAAUAAUAAGACUUCACCCAGAUUCAAGAACCUCAGAAUACCAAAGCAGUAUUUUUUUAAAAAAGAACAAAACUAGAUGUAUUAUUGCCCAACAGCUAAAAAUGGAUGGACAGUGCAAAGAAAAUAUUAAUGGCAGACAAAGGAAAGGGACACAUUACAUAUAAGAUGCAGAGUGAGAAAAACAUCAGACUUAUCAUCACAAACCAUGCAAGCAAAAGACAAUGGAGUUACAUCUUUAACAUUUAGAAACAACGAUUUAAAAAAAAUGACCAAUCAAAAAAUCUAAGCCUGGUGGAAAAAAUCUUUCAGAAGUUAUGCAAAAUAAAGACAUUUUCAGAUGAACAGAAGCUGAUAGAAUUCACUUUUAGCAGACCUGCACUGUAAGAGAUAUUUAGCAUACCAGAAAUAGACUUGGAUCUACCAAAAGACAUAACUAUGAAAAUAGUUAUUUCAAUCAUUUUAAGUGUAAAAUAAUUUUUAUUUUUAUUACUCCAAAAUAUAAUUCAGUAAAGCAAAAUUAGGAAUGAGGUUUUAUGAAUUUAGAGGACAUAUAAAAGUAAGAUGUUUUGUAAGAACACUGCAAAACAGGGAAGACAGAAAUGAGAAAUAUACUAGCAGAAAUUAGAGGUAUAUGGUUGUACUCUAUACAUGAAUUGGCAUAAUAUGAUUUGAAGAUAGACUGUGAAAAAAUAUAGGAAUAUAUUUUAAGCCCCAGAGUAACCAUUUAAGAAUUUUUUAAAGUACAACUCAUAAGUCAGUAGUAGAGAUUAAAUUCUGGUUCCAAAAAUAGCAACGUAGAAGCAAGCUGGCUUCACUCUUUUCAAUAGAAAACUAAAGACAAAUAUACAGCACCAAGAUUAUCACCAGCAAUAUCCCAGAACUCAAACAGAAGGAGACAGUUCCUGAGGACACAAAUAAGUGAAAAAAACUGAGCAGAUGGUAAGAGAAGUGGACUUUCCUAUCCACAGUGCCCUUCCCCCUAAUCUGCCUGGCGCCAAGACUGUGGAAAAUUUUCCCGUCUCACAGUUUCUAUACUGGAAAAAGUUAAUCAAGGUGGACAACCAGCCUCCUCACCAUCUUGGGUUCCCUGGCAGGAGACUUGUCCCUGACUCAACCCACAGAAAGCAUCAGGAGUAACUGAAGAGAGAAAUAUCCCUGAGGACAGCCAGAGACAAAGGAGGGAGGUGGGAAUACUGUCCCCGUCAUGGAAACUCUACUCUGCAACUCAGCCAAAGGAGACAACAAUCAGAGUGGCUGUUCAGCAUCACUAUACUGUAGGUCCCCAAUCAUGAACCACUAGCCAGCUUUCUUACAACUAGGAUAUCCCCUGUGGGACCUACCCCUUUUGGGAUGGGUGGCACUAUGAUUAUUUAAUAGAACUGAGGCAAACCUGGAGUUAAUACGCCAUAUAGUACCAAAAAGGAGUCGGUAACCUAGCGGGAAAGAAGAAAAUCAACAGGUAAAAUAUAAAGAAUCUCUAGGGAGCCAUAUCCAAUGAAAAACAAAACCAGCCAGACAGAGAAGAGUGGAAUGUAUAAUCGUUUGAUGCAAAGACAGACACACAUCCAUAAGCAACAGCAGCCAACAGGGAGCCAUGGCGUCCCACAAAUGGACAAAGCAAGGAACUAGUGACUGAUCCUAACAGGAAGACGAUAUGUGAACUCUAUGACCAAGACUUCAAAAGAGCUGUUUUAAGGAAACUCAGUGAUCUCCAAGAUAACACAGAAAAGCAAUUCAGAAAUGUAUCAGAGAACCUGAACAGAGAAUAAAAUAAUUUUUUAAAAUCAAACAGAAAUCUUGGAACUAAGAAAUAUGUUUGCUGAACUGAAAUAUCCAUUAGAGGCUCUCAACAGCAGAAUGUAUCAAGCAGAAGAAAGAAUCAGUGAGCUCCAAGACAGGCUAUUUGU